UGAUUUGCCGACGACGCGACGACAAGAAAAAUGGCGGAUUGUUGACUAUUGUUUACCGAAAUUAUUAUUCCGGUUAUUGGCAAAUAAUAUCAAUUUAUUAGUAAUUCUAUCUAUUAAAACACAGUUGAAACUGUGAAAAUCCGUAUACUCUUGCUGGCUGUCAGUUCUGAUUUUGAAAAAUGGGUGACGGAGAGUAUGAAGGAGCAACGAAAAUAAUAAGAGAUCCGAGCACUGUCAAGUCUCGAAUUUUUAUUGGAAAUACUCCAUCAAAUGUUACUAAGAAAAAUCUCGAAGAUAUAUUCUCUCCUUAUGGACAAAUCAUUGCCAUCGUUUUGAAUCGAGGUUUCGCAUUCCUUCAAUUUUCCAACGAGGAUAGCGCUAAUAGUGCUAUCGAGAAAGAGUGUGGGACCAUGUGUGGAGGAAAGAAAUUGGACGUGAAACAUGCAGUGGUGUUCAAGAAGAACCGAAACGACGAUAAGGAUCAGGAUCGUGGUGGGAGAGAGAGGUCUCCGAUAAGAGAGAGAGACGACAUGAAUGAGCGAAUGCCGAUGGGGGGAUUCAAGGAGCAGCCGUUUAAUAGACACGAAAUGGUUAUGCGUAACGAAAGAUUUGGACCAGGACCAGGAUUCGGGGGAGAUUUUCCAGUAACAGAUUAUCCAAUGGGAGUUGGAAACUUUCUAUCUGGUUUCAUGGGAAUGCGAGAAAACGAUGGUGUAUUUCCCCAAGCUGAAAAUAUAUUUCCUGCAGUUAACAAAGGGCCAUUUCCAGACCGACAGGCCAUGAUGGGACCUCGCGAGUCAUUCCGGCCGCAUAACCAGCCAGCCAAUAUUCACACGGAUCGAAUAAACGACUGUGAAAUCAUCGUCCUAAAUCGAUCGAUAACCAUGGGCUACGCAGACUACAUCGAAAGACGUCUGAAAGAAAUCGGAUUAACGGUGGACGUGCUGUUUCCGAACGAUGAUGUGCCCCUGGGCCGAAUAUUGGCCAACAUUUCGGGGCGAGGCGCACUCUACGCCAUUGUGAUCACACCCACCAAUGAGCAGCAUAGGAGUCUCACUGUCAACAUACUCUACGGACAACAUCAAGAGCACCGCAACAUGCCCUUGGAAGACGCGGUCAGCCUAAUUAGGCGGACGUUCCAGAGCUACAUGCGUGGAGAACGAGAACUGCCUGGUACAAUUGGCGGAUACGAGGUGCACCCGGAUGCGAUUCAGACCCUGUUCAACCUACUGAAGGAGAACCGACAGCUGACAGUGUUGCAGUACGACAAGGUCAUUCGCUACCUGCAGGAUAAGCGCGAAAAGCAGCUCAAACUCGAAGUGGGCGAUGAUGCCUCUGAUCUGCCCUCACUCAAAGAAUCGAAUUCCAACUCUAACUCAGCGUCAGCAGCUGUACCGGUUGUGAAACAACAGGAGCUCCAGUCUCGCAUCAUGAACAUUCUGAAGAAAAAGGGGGCGGUGCCAGCCGCCGACGAAGCGCCCGCCCCCGUGCCGGCUCCCGACCAAUGGCGUGGCGCGGCCUCAGAACCCCCCGCUAAUAGCCACGCCUCUUCCGCCAAUACCCACGUCCCCUCCGCCAAUCAGCAGCAGCAGCAGCAGCCGCCGGCGCCCCUCCUUAACCCCAACGUGCAAAAGGCUAUAGACAGUCUGCUCUCCAAGGGUGAUCUACUGCGCAGUCUCAAUCCGAAGUCUGCUCAACCUGUUCCAGCCCCUCAACCUAUGUUCAGUGCGUAUGCACCCAAUAGGAAGUACUAGGAUAACAAGGACUAUAAUUCUAUUGUGUAUGUUUGAUAUUAUACAACUCUUGAUAGUAUGCGACCUAGUUUGAGUUGAGUAUGCUUUUUGGUUGACAUCUAUGGUGAGAUUCAUGUAAAAAAUUCGUAGGUAAUAUACACUUAAUAUUAGUCCAAAUUACAAUAUUACUAUAGUAGCACAUCACUUUAUCAUACAGAUGAAUGUUACACGUUUUACUAAUACAAAACUAAAUUUUUCAUCAAAAUUUUUGAAAUAUUAUACAGGGUGACUAUAAAAGAUUCAUCGGAGUUGAGAAUUAGUUAUUUUACAAUAAAUGCCUUGGGUCCCUAUUACUAGGGAGCCUAAGGAGACUAGGCAGCCAGGCAACCAGGUAGGUCAGUCGGGCAACAGUCGCUCCGACUUGGGUAAUGAUUUUCUAAAAUCCGACAAAUCUUUUCUACGUUUAAUCCUGUAAUUCCAACUUAGAAAUCGAAAUUAUAAAUUAUAGGCUACUAUUAAUAACAAUAAACAGCUUCAAAAAUGGUUCAUAUACAUAGAUAUACUGGCGAUUCCCUAGAAUGAACAUACUAAUAUCUUUUUUGAUAUGACAGCUAUGUUUUAACAACAUUAGCUGAUUAAUUUUAUCAUUACUUUUAUAAUGUGAGAGCUUGGAUUUCUAUACAAUUCAAUUAUUAAUAGAAGUUUUAAAGCGGACAGUUAACUUUUAAAUGAACUUUGUUGAAGGAUUUUGAGCAUUUGUAAAACAGAUUUUUGCUACACUUAAAGAGCUUAAAGAGACCUGAAUAGUUAAAUUCGGGGUGCAAAAUAUUUACUCAGAACCGCAAUUUGAAGUAUUUCAUUAAAUCAUUUUAUCACGAACCUUUAAUAUUGUACUAUCAGUAUGAUUUACUCACGAUUUUUAUCUACUUGAUAAUUGAAGUAAUAAUAAUAAGGACCAACUUUCCUAUCCAGACUAAAGAAAUUCAAGUGUUUUAUACACAACAUUGUAAUUAUCUUACAAGAUACAAAAGAGAUCAGUCAUCUAUCGAUAUAAUUAUCGAAAACGUAUCAAUAUAUAAACAUAAUAUUUUUAUUGCUUAAUCUAUGGAAGUAAUGGAAAUGAAUAAACUCUAAUAAUAACAAUGACAUAAUAGUGUCCCCAAGAGAAUGGCUCAAUUUUUAAAGAUUCAUCUAGAAGAAAGUGUUGACUAAUUCAGUAAGCGAUUCGUUGAUCUUGAAUCAUUAACCUAUUAUGAACUAUUCAAAAUUUCAUCAUUAUUUUAGAGACAAUAAUCGUAUUAAUAAAAUUAUUGGAAAUCAUUAGUACAAGAAUCAACCGAAUUGAAAUUGGAUACUUUUUCACAUUAUUAAUGAUAAUAGAUAAUUCGAAACUAACAGUGACUGAAUAAUAACUGUGUUGAAUAUAUUAUCAACAAACAAACUAACUGAAAUAGAACAUCUCUGCUUCAUAGGAAAAAUGACAAUUGAAUAAAUUUUGAGAAACAGUUCAUGGAAAGGGCGGGAGCCUUGCUUGUAGCUUCAAGGGCAUUAUCAUUUUUCUCAAAGUUCAAUAAAGGCUAUAUAAUAGCCUUUUCAAAUGCACAUAAAAUACUUAUCUGAAAUCCAGGCUAUUAAUUUCUUCCAAUUUAGACUUGGGUCUUCAAUAGUGGGUCUUUCGUUUGAGCCUCAUUUUUUGUUCGAUACUCUUGGCGACAAAAUGAGGCAUUUUUCUUUUGAUAAAUUCUCGACGACACUUCAAGCUGUACGUGCGGUGCAAAAGUUGCGCAGCGAUUUGCGGCGAGAUUCGCUCUUCUUCAAGUCGAGAUCCUCGUCUUUCUCGGCCUCUUCGAUCUCGUGGUCGUCGCAUGUGAAGUCAGAGUCCUCAUCGUCGGACGGCGAGUCGUCAUCAUUGUCGCUGGCGAAUAGAGUUCCCAGCAAGUCCAAUGACUUCUAUGUGCGCUUCGGCAAUUUCCAUUCUCCCGCAUCCUUGUUCGCGUCUUCUUCAGUAAUCUCAUCGCUUGCGCAUUUGUCAUGGGUCUUGUGCUCCUUGAGAGCAUGGGAAGUCUGUACGUGUUUACGGCCGCUCUCUCUGUCCUGCAUUACUUUACGACAAAGGAGACACGUGUACGAGGCAUUCUCGGUUGACACAUUCUCGUUACUGCGAGGACGGCCUCUGCCGCGCCUUGUCACUCUGCCAGUCAAGCUAUUACGGCGCAGACGCAAGCAUUGCUGCGUUGGGCAUGCGCCGCCACACAGCUCGCAAGUGGCAAGUGUUAUAAAGUGGAAAUUAAUGAGGUCACUUCUGUCUCCAUCAUCUUCUAUGUUUGUUUAGUUUCUUUUUCGCCAAAAAACACUACAAAAUCAAGUAGGCUGAAGUUAGUGGAAAUGGUAGGAACGCAAUGUUGCCACUUCUCUGUCUCCGCCGUCUUCUAUGUUUAGUUCAGUUUUAUUUUCGUCAAAAAAUACUACAAAAUUAAGCAAUGCUUGGUAGUUAGUAUUUGGAACAUCAGCAUAUAUCGGAAGAUAAUAAUAUCGAGUGACCUGGCUGGCUCAGGUCUGUUGUCAGAGUUUUCAGGUCGCAACUGAUCAAUUUCAGGGCCUCUGACAUGACCUAACGACUGAUUUUUAAGCAAUCGGGACCGACGACUUAACGUGUCCAUCCGAAACACGGGAGUGGCCCGAGAUAAAUAUGUUGCCCGGGCCGGGAUUUGAACCCUUUUUCUUUUUUAUCGGAAGAUAAGCUUGGAGUCAAGCCACAUGAGGUGUUUUUCAGACUAGUCGGCAGGGCAGGAAGCUCUCCAAUUGGCUGAUCACCGAGCGUCAACCCAAUCAAAUAUCUUCCGGAUUGUUUUUGUAUUUCUCCAUAGUGUACAAACGAUUUUGCGAUGGUCCUCAGGUAGAAAAGGAUAGAUCUAUUUGCUUUGUGUAAUGGCAGACAAGGAUAGGGAAUCGAUGCUAAUCAGGUACUGAAUUUUUUUUUCACUUUUUGUGUAGUUGAGAAGUUGAUAUUGUGGUAAUUAUUCAUAUUGAAAAAAAGGUACUGAAUUUAUAACAUGGAUCUCACUAUAGAAUAUUGAAACUGUCUAUUCAGCAAAAGUCACAAACUGUAAUUUUGGCUACAGUUUAGUAUUGGAUGUGAUGAAUAAUUUAAAGAGAUGGUAAGUUCACCAUCUGUACACUUUAAUCUAGUUUGGCCCUAUUGCACAAAAGCCUGUUAAUUUUUAAUGAUGAUUAAAUGCCACAAGAACUGU